AUGAAGAAAUCUCUGCUUGAACUUGAUCCGCAGGCAGAUGCCCUGCUAAUUUUACAGUGUCCGAAUUUGCAACAGGUUCGCGAACCAACAGACCAAGAAAUAUCAGCGACAAACAAGACCGCCGGGAUCAAUUCGUCUCAAAAACAACAGAACGAUACUAUGAAGCCACCGAAAACCCAGGAUCAAAUGACAUCUCUACAGCCAUACUUGCAAAAUGGCCACCCGAACCAGAUUGAAUUUCGCGUCUCUGCCAAGCAUCUCUGUCUAGCAUCGCCAGUUUUCAGAAAGAUGAUCCAAGGAGGAUUCCAAGAAUCAAAACCUAAUAACGAAGGACUCUUGGAAAUCACGGCGUCAGACUGGAAUGCAGAAGCCUUCCUCACAGUGCUUGAUAUUAUACACAGCCAUCAUUACAGCGUAUCAGGCAACCUGAGAUUGGAUGCCAUAGCUCAGGUUGGGGUUAUCGUCGACUAUUAUGACUGCCGGGAGGUUGUCCAGAUAUUCUUCGAAUCCUGGCGCCCAUCGAUAACAAAGUGGUUGAAAUACUCACUCUGGCCGUUUCACGAAAACGUUCUCGAGGACGUAGGGGAUUUUGGCCACGAUGAGACAAUUGUGCUGUUCAUUGCCAGGACAUUCCCUUAUGGACCAUGUUUCAAGGGACUAACAAGAUCCGCAAUACUAAAUACGCUUGGACUUAUUGAAACAUGUCUGCCGAUACCAACCCAAAUCCUCGAUGCAAAUAACUAA